GUUUCCCUUUCGGUUCUGAUUGGCACUACUCCAAAAUACAUAAUUAGCGGCCCAUUCAUAAGUCCAAUACCAUUUCACCUUUUGGCGCGCGGAACAACAAAACCUCAUCGCGCGGAACAACACAACCGGAACAACACAACCUCAUCGCAACGGUCGUUGGCGGAAGCGAACCGCCCCACAGUGUGGGGCGUUGAAAAGUACUUGAAGACGCAAUAGCAGUACGGGUUUCUGUGGCAAGAAGGUAAGGACCCAUACAUUGCUUCAGAGGAAAGUCUGUCAUGUGUGAUCGUCUGCUCCCAAGAAGAACGCAUGGAAUGCUUUUUCUGCACUACUUAAGAACUAGAGCUACAACUUACUUACUUGAGCCUCGACGAAACACGACAUCAGGUCUGCUUGAAUGGGCCGCGAGGGCGCCGGCGGGGUUUCGCCUGGAUGGUAACGGGUAUGCAGAUCGUUGGCCAUGGGGUCUUGUGGUAGUACGGCCGGACAGAGCAGUGUGGAGGCAAACAGCGAACCAGAGCCAUUGUUGGUGGAUUCGUUUUGAAAUGAUACCUAUUGGCGACUACUUACACCUUUCGCUUUCGAAUGCCAGCUGCUGAGUGCUGACACAGAAAAAUGCUGACAAUUCCAUGAGAACGGACGAAAUUCGCGAAGUGUUUCCGUGAGCGUUCGCGUGAAUAAAUCUGCAACUGCAAUGGCAACCAGAAACAGACAACGAGCUUAAGUGAUCAAAACUUGAACACGAGGGCAGGCCCCUUCUGAACCCUGUGCACACCACCCUGCGCAGCAUAGAUGAUGACGAUUGUGAAACUCUGAGCUUGGUCCUCGCUCCACUUGUGCGAUGUGUAAGUAGAAUGGCUGCGGUUGAAGAUUGAGACGCAAAUAAGUUGGUGAAGAUUGAUGCAUGGGCCCGCUUCGUUUCGCCUCGAAAGUUGUUUUUUCGUUGGGCUUUUCGUUCCUUGUCGUGGGUGUGUUUGUUUGGGUGCUUGGGGUGGAAGGUGUAAGCACUUAUCGCGCCUCAUGGUGUCGUGGAAAUGCAGUACUUACUAGUUAAGCACCACUAGAAGACGCGACUAGCGCGGCCCGCUUCCUGUACCUAGCUCUUCCAUUUCGCAAGUAUUUGUAGUCGAUAAGUAGCGUUUUGCAAUAAGUAAGUUCUUACUACUUUUUUAUAGUAAUCCUCGACCUAGAGCUAGACACGCAAGAAAUCCCGACAAAGAAGCAUGGCGCAGCUUGACGCAGACUCGGAACCGUCUGCCAGGGGCGAUGAAGAUGACGACGCGGUUGUCGCCGCGGUCCUGAAUGCCGUCCCGGAGGCGUGGAAGAACAAGCGCACGCACGACAGCUACAGGCUUGGGGACCGUUUGACGACGGGAAUUCUCGCACUUCGGCUAGAAUCCUUGGAAAGCGGACAAUAUGACACGAACAUGAAGCAGCUCCGGUGUCUAAACAACAAUCCCAAACUCUUACAGACAAGGAGUCAGCGCAACUCGCUUCUAAAGAUGCUCGGCCGGGCGAAGGAGAUGGUCAAGGAGACUUGGACUUGGGAGGUCAUUACUAGCGAGGCCUUCAAUCAUCUUGCCGACGUGCAGGCCUGGCUUCGGCAAUACUACAGUGCGGCCGAACUGCGUCGGCUGCGAGACAAGGGCGCCGGCCGCCCUCCGCCAAACCCGCAGCUGCGGGAGGACCUUUUCCUUCUUUUCUGCGAGCUACGAUGGCGGAAAACUAAAAUUACGGUGCCUCUUCUUCGGCUGGCAUACGCGGCCCAGCGAAAAAUUUAUCUGGACGACAGCCCGCAUAUAGACCCAAAGACCGUCUCGCAAGCUAGUCAUAGGUACAUCAGGGACUGGAUAUCAAGUGCAAAAGUGUCUUUGUCUGGAAGAAUGUAACUUGUGAUGCUGCGUUUGGAAUCCCAAAAAUUUGCAUUGCAUCAAAAAGGCCUCAAAAAAUAAAAAUCUGUGAUGCUACGGCAUGCAUCACAGACGUCAUGGCUCAUGCAAAAUGUGCAUGACAAACUCCCCAAAUCUUCCAGACCCAGACAUAUUUGCAUUUGAUACUGGAUGCGGGCGAACGAUUUGGUGUUACGGAUGCCAAAUACACGGCCGAAACUUGACCCCGCGCUGCAGUAUUUCCGCCUCUGUGGAACGUGGGAGCCAAGCUGGUCGGUGCGUCACGCGCUGGAAUUACUAGGGUGGGACUUCAAAUAUCCCCUGCAAAAGUGCCGCCGGGACUCCAAAUAUCCCCUGCGAUUCGUGGGCACGUCUGCAUGACAAAUUUUCUCAAAUCUGUCAUGCAAAUCAUUUGGCAUCUAGAUCUGCAGCGCAGGCGCAUUUCUGAGAUCAGGAACCAGAGAAAAUCUGUCAUGCAAGAUUGUGGGUCUCUGUAUGGGAAAUGCAAGAGUUAGGUCGUCGCACUUUUGCAGUGGAUAAGGCCUCCAAAAAUUUCGACGAAAAGCCUGUCUUCAUGAACGGCACAUCAGCCGGCAAAGUAGUCACAUUCUCAGGGGAGGACAAGGUGGCAAUUAACGACAACCACGGCCAGUCAAGGUACAGACCUCCUCUAAGUAUGUUUUUUUCCGUCUCGCCUUUCGUGUGCCCGAUAAACUGCGCACGCUUUUGCUAGCUUAAGUAGUACUUUUACGCGUUUCGUGGUGUGUUAGUGGUGCCUCCUGGACCUUGGGCGGAAGUUAGUACAAGAACGGACCUCACCCACAAUGAAAACUGCGCCACAGAUCGCGCUUUACGGUACUAACGCAAGUCACCGACGCGGUGGACAGGGAAGGGCCGCCAAGUAUCGAGAUCCUCUUCCGGGGCAAGAAUGGCGUCCAGGCGAAGCUGAACAGGGUGCAUAUGGGCCGUUCAGGUGGGGCCUACAGCUUCAGUGGUUCUUGCAUGUACUUAUACUUAGCGGGCGGGCUGAGUUGUUUACGCUCUGUCCUGCACGAACAGCAUGGCAAAGGGAAUACCUAAGCAAAUUGCAGCGCUCGACCCCAAUGACAGUGGUUACUUAGCCAAGUACUGAAUCUGUACUCAGCACCUGAGCACGCCAUAGCAGGCGGCGUCCCGGAGUGGUGUGUCUUACGAACAGGGCCGAGGGGCAGUUACAACAGAGCAAUAUUCACGGAUGCGCUGCGCGACUUGGUCGAGGAAAACUCUCGGAAGGGAAUAGUGACCGUGGUGUAUGUUGACCAUUUCUCGGGCCACGAGCGCCCGGACGAUUGGGCUGAGCUUCUCCUAAUAUUGUUGUUCGUCGGUACUUAGUACGUAGCUUUACUUCUGUUGCCAGGCUUCCAAAAAACGACUGGAAAACCCAGGACAGAGCGCACGCAUCGCACAAGUGCGCAGUUUGUCCAAUAGUAGCACUACUCUGAUCACAUGCUGUUUUUGGAAUUCCCUCUCUCUUUUAAGUAAGUACAUACUCGCUUUGCCCCGGUUGCGGCGAUUCAGCCGCCCCUCACCGCUGAGAACUCCGGCAGCAGUGCGCUUCCGCUGCUGCCAUUCUGCUGUUUGUCCCGGGCCCCCACGUCGCGUGCGUGCCGCCCUCUUUCUAUGGGCCUUGCGACUUUUCGCCGGCGAUUUGAAUAAAAUCCCGGGAAAGCGGCGCGCCCCGCAUUACAGGUGCCAUGAGCUUCUUUACGUUUCUUGGCUCCGAGCGUUGGCAUUUUCCACGCUGCUUGCUUGCAAAUCGCUGGUGGUGGGGGUGACCAGGGUGGGCCACGCGAGUAUGUGGACCCAAAGCGGGUUUGUUUUUUAGGUGCUCCAGUAAGUAGGUGCUUCUGCUUACUAUGUAUAGAUCACUACGCUGGCCCGCAGCAGACGCGCGACAGAUGAGUGCGAAACUUGAAAAACUACAAACCGCAGGCGCCGGGUGUACCGACCUCGUGCAGCCGUGCGACCUGUACGCCCACUACGCCUUCUCGAAGCGGCUUAAGGACAUAGAGAUCACCCAAGCGGCGGCGCAGUUGUUGGCGCAGAUGGCGGACAAGCGCAGCAAGUUCCGGCUCACGAUCUCCUCCCGGGAGGACGCCGUCAGGCGGGUCCUACAAGCCUGGGAGGACUUGGACCACGACAGCUACGGCUCUGAGUCCUUUCAAAAGCUGGGCUUUGACCCUCGUGUCACGAACCCGCAGCACGUCGCGCGGGCAAUCCGAGAUGACUACGCACGGGCCAUCGCUGCGUUUCUGCCUGCCGCGAAGAAGCGGGCGGAGGAAGUCGUAGCGGAGUUGCGUGCGGCUGGUCUAGAUCGCGUCCCCACACCGGAAGGCGUGCGGCGCUUGGUGGAAGGCUGGUAUCCCCCUGCAAAAGUGGGCGACGGGCAGUUUUCAUAAGCGGGCCGCAUCUCUGCGUCGCGCACAUAGAGAGAUACUUACAUAUUGGGCCAUGUGUGGGGUGGCAGAGUGCAGCCCGUUCUCGGAUAGAAAGCACCGUCGCCCCUUUUGCACUGCAUAGACGCGUACUGCCGACAAUUGA